GGGAUCAAAGCCUAUGACCUUCUGACUCCCAAGCCCGAGGUUUUUCUGCUAUGCCAUGCUGCUUCUCCUAAAUCCUAGAUCCAAAGAUAUCCAAGUUGAACAUAAGUCCCCAUCCCACACAGGCUCACAGUCUAAGUGGGGAGAGAAAACAGGUAAUUUGAUCCACAUUUUAUACAAGUGGAGAGUGAGACACAGAAAAAUUAAAUGACUUGCCAAGGGUCCCACAACAGGCAAGUGGCAGAGCUGGGUAUGUAUAUAUAACCGCAGGGCAAUAUCGGCUGGCUCUUGAAAAUAGGCUUUUGCCCCAUACGAUUUCCAAAGCAAAAAAGGUUUUGGUUCCUUUGGUCCCCAUAUCCAGUGUUUAGAAAGAGUUUCUUAGCUCCUUGAAGGCCGGGAUGUUGUCUACCAACUCUAUUGUAGUUUCCCAAGUGCUCUGCACGCAGUAAGUGCUUCAUAUAUACCAUUGAUUGAUUGAUUGAUUCAGGGUAUCUAGGAUGAAGGUUUUUCAGUCCUGUAGAUGGUAAACUCACUGUGGGCAAGGACCACGUCUACCAACUCUCUUAUAUUUUACUUUCCCAAGCAUUCAGUACAGUGUCCUGCCCACAGUAAGUACUCAACAAAUUCAGUUGAGUGAAGGUCUUGAACUGUCCCAAGUUCUCGGUAAUCCCUUGGUGUACUGUCCUCUGUGAAGCUCUCGUUUUACAUCAGAAAAUUCAACAAUGGAGAUGCCGCUUUCUUGGCCCACCAAUUCACCCAUCUUGGUUGCUCUGUUUUGGAAUGAGUUUGGGUUUUCUAUUGAAGAAAAAUUCACUCUAUUCUAUUCUAUUGAAGAAAAGUUCUGUACUGCUAGGAUUCUUUUCAGAGCCUUUUUGAACGAUAGUGGAUUGCUAGUCUUGGGAGAGCUCCUGAGAGGUGCAGGAAAUGAUGUCCCUGGUAAUGCUCUUUAAUCCAAAAAUCCAUAUUGAAACUCACCAAGAUUUAAGGCAUCGUUCCCAAGAAUGGAAAAAUCAAGGUUCUUUGCAAGUGUGCUUAUUAGAGAUCCCAUGGCACUUUUCCCCCAAAUAUUAGGACAUUAAUAGUAGUAUCCUGCGUCCAGAUUUCAAACUGAAGAAUUACAUUUGGCCUAGCUAGAUUGUCCCUUCUUCGGUUUCCAUCGGAGUAGCCUUUUUCUCUUCACUUCUAAAUUGUUUUAUAUUGCUGUUGAGACUGAACAGAAAGCGUUACCUUUUAGUAGUGGAUAAUUUAAGUAUCUAAAGUGCUUAAGUUCCUUCAGGAUGAAAGGCACCACAAAAAUGGCUAGGGUUUUUUGGGGGCAAAGGGGGUUUUUGAGAAUGUCAUUCUUCGGAGGCACUAAAAUAAAUGUUUAAAGUUGCAAGUAACUUUGCUACAACUAUGAGCACUGUGUAAAUUACUGAAUGAAAUAAUCUAAUGCUAUAAAUUUUUUUGAAUUUGAAACUAGUUGACUAGAGGUACUGAGCACUUUCUUUGAAGAGUUUGUUGAGUCUUGAAAUAAUGUAUACACUUUCACCAAUGUUCUCAAUUCACCAGCAAAUCAAAGUAGACUUAAGCUGUUGAGCACACAAAAGAUGCAUCUGUCAAAGGAAAAGGAAAGUUAGAUUCAUUGGAAAGACUUAGCUCUGUGGAUACUUAUGGAAGAUCCCCUUAUGUGUGCAAUGGCCCCAAUUUCAUCCACCAUCCAUCACAGUGAAGUGUUGUCACUUGAAAGGACAAAGCAGCAAGCCUUGGAGUGAACUGCAAUGCUUAGAAAACAUACAGGAAUCUGAUUCUCAGUAGUUGGUUCGUAUUUUCCUUUGUUAGCCACACAAUGAUCCCCGUUAAGUACAUUGUGUGUGUGUCGGUGUCCAUGACACGCUCAACCAUUGUAUUUCCCUCUCUACCCUGAAACUCCAAAGUUCAUAGCAUGGACAUUUCUGCUCACCGUAUUUUCUGAGGAGUCUUCUCAUAUAGUUCAGUGAACUACAGUUGCAACUCUCAAAUUCAAAAUAGAGUAGAGUGAUUAUGUUUUGGGGGAAAAACAGCUAAGCUAAAGCUAAAAAAAGGGGUCAUUGUGCUUUUAGGAAAAUGAAAAAUCGUGCACUCACUGGUAGUAAUGGUGCAUUCAUGAUAAUGUGAUGUUUCCUGAAAAUGACCCCAAACUUGGCAAUUUAUCACUUAGCAUGGCAUUUGCUACCCCCAUUUGAAAAUACUUGAAUCAGUAGAAGACCUCGUGCAGAGGUAAAUGAACUGCACCCAGGUUCUUUCAUUAGGUGAAAAGAUUCCCCAAAGGAAAAGGCUUCAGCUUGAUUCUCACAUUUCUAUCCCAUUUCACUGGUUCUACUCUGGACAAAAUGGAGUUGUGGUGGAAAUCUCCCUUUAGCUCUUGUGGGCUCUGCAUCCCACUGAAUUACAGUGAAACCCGAGCUCUUCUAGUAGAAGCAGAAUUCAGGCCCUCGUGUGGGAGGACGCAUCCCCGCUUCAGAUUAUCCGUUUAGGCCCCACUUGAGCUGGGCUGUAGGAAAAGCUACUGAGAAACAGGAUGUCAUAGGCCUAGUUGCAACAGUUAAAAGGAAGUGAUGAAUGAUUCUGGGAGGGGCAGGGAUCAGGUCAACAUACAUCCCCAAGUACAUAGUACAGUGCUCUGCACACAGUAAGAACUCAGUAAAUACCACUGGUUGGGUUCUGAAUGGCCACUCGUUUCUAAGUCACAAAAUCAAUCUUCCUCUUUCCCCAACAGAGUAUUGAGAUUUUCUUGUAUUAUUCACACAGUGGCUGAGGAGGUCGAUGCUUAUAUCUAAUAAAAAAUUCUGGCUUGAGAAGGUUUUUCUGGCUAGGUUGGACUCCUUCCUCCAGCUAACUUUCUGUGUGAGCUCUGAUACUUGUCAACAGACACUCUUGUUCCUGCUCUUAAAAAAUGGGAAAAUCAAUCCAUCAGUAAUAUUUUUUCAAAUGUGUACUGUGCAGAGUACUGAAUGAAGCACCUAAGGUGUGGAGGGGGGGGGGUUAAAGUGAAAGGCCAGGUGUCAACAUCACAGCAUUUCCAAAUAUAGUAGAAAAAAACCCCACAAAACUUUUCAUCUGGCCUGCAAAAUCCCACUUUCUAAUAUGGAGAUCACUUCUGAAAUGGCUUCUCCCCAGCCUCCUCCACCUGAGCUUCACUCAAAAUUAGGACUGCUUGGAGAUGAGGACACAAUUAGAUCCUCCCCAGAUUUUCACUUGCAUUUAUGCCUGCUCCCUCGUUCUGCAAAAAGACUCUGUUCUCUCAGUGCAGGCGUGCAUCCCAGCAGAGUUUAAAAGGCCACCGUCAGACUUAGCGGAAAGAACAAACCUUAAAGGUAGCCAUAGGGCCUGUCAUCCAGAAGGACCCCGGAGCGCUUCACAGACCGCGCACUGAGCAGAGCCUAAAGAUCUAAGCAGUUUGGACACCUGUGGUUUCCUCAGCUGUAUUAAGGUCGUGCAGAUGGGAAUUUAUUAGGCAGACACCGCCCCCUCCCCACCCCUCCAAGGUGGUCUCUGACACCUGAUAUUGACUUAUUGGGCUAAUGGCUCACCCAUGAAUUCAUUCAGACCUAAGGAGCUGCGCAUGUGUCAUACGGGGAUGCUGCAGGCUUAGGUGGAAAAAGGUCAGCACAUCUCCAAAACCAAAAAUCUAGAAUGGCAGAAGGCGGGGGCGCAGGGGCCUCACCCGACCACCUCUGGGUGCACCGGGCUGGUGUCUACCGGGACGAACGUCAGCGGACGUGGGUUGCGGUCUUGGAUGAGGAGGCCAGUAUCCUAAGGGUCCGAAUCCAGCAGAUUCAGGUCCCCCUAGGCGAUCCGGUGCGGCCCAGUCUCCUCCCACCAUCCCAGUUACCGCUGAUGUGGCAGCUGUACCCCGAAGAACACUACAAGGAUAGUAACUCCCGGUUAUGGGAGAUAGAGCACCAUAUAAUGGUCAGGGGUGUGCAAGAGCUGCUGCUUAAGCUUUUGCCUGACGAUUAAUCUGGUGCUGGGAAACUUAGAAGACAUGCCCCAGUUGUUUUGUACAGUAUUUGGGAAUCACUUCACCCAGCACUAAAAUGCGAUCCCCUCUUUGGG